AUGCCGAAAUCAAGUACAAGUCAACGAAAAAAUAAAAGUAGGACAUGUGAACGUUCUCCGAGCCCUGGGCUGCUCCAACAACUCCAGGCGAUUGUUUCUCGUCUGAAUGUGUUGGAAGACAAUUCCAGGUUAGGUUCAACUAGUGUGGCUACCAUUGGCGGGCAGCCCGUAGUGGAGUCGCCGGGUCCGGCGGUAGGCACCAUAGUGUCGCGUGCACCAUCUACAUCGCGAACGACGUGUGUGACGCCUCCACUGCCGUCUGUGCACGCUUCGCAGGUCUCCGCCAAUGAUAGCGCUGCUAUUGAGGUAGCCGACAAGAUUGUAAGUGAUGAGAAUGAGAGCUGCUCUGACGAUAGCAUCAUCGCUGGCCCGUCGCACCUACGUGACGUCACCAUAGCUGAAAGAGCGGGCGAGGGCGCUCCGCCGUCAGGAGAGGCCGUGUUAGCGGAGAAUGCUCAAGAA